AUGCAUUCAAGUGGCGUCGGUACAACAGCUGGAACAACAUCGAGUGCUGCGGCGGCAGCCAUUAAUGCUGCCACCCUACACAAUCUCCAGUCGGCGGUUAGUUCCAGCACCAAUAUGUCGAGCGGUCUAACCAACAACUCGAGCAGUGGCGUCGGCGGCGGUGGCAGCGGUGUCGGCGGUGUUGUUGGCGGCUUGAAUAGUGCCCUCCAAACGGGCAGUAGUUUGAACCACAAUAGCCUCAGUCUAAGCAACAACAGCAACAGCGGUGGCAGCAACAGUCUCAUCAAUGGCAACCAUCUGAAUAUAGCAACAGCAGCCUCUUUAACGGCCAGUCAUUCGCAUGGCAUGGGUGUGGGAGCGGGCAGUGGUUUUGGGGCUCUGGGUGUUGGCGUCGGUGUCGGGGUGGGUGGCAGUAAUUUGAAUUCGCUCGUUGUGGGUAAUCGUCUAAUGAAUACGGGUCUGACGACAAUACUCAAAUGA